CAUGUCACAUUAUUUAUACAUCAUAACACUAAUAACUGUAGACCUCCUUGUGCGACCCCACUGAACAGAAUGGAGGAAGGCCGCGUCCACUUCGAGAGCCAACCCCUACGGAAUGCGGCAAUUUUGGAGUCGUUAGACGAAGUCGAAGAUCAACUGGUACUGGCCGUGGAGAAGGCAGGUAUUGCGAUGCAGCAUCUCGCGAACGUGACGACAGAAGGCCGAGACGCGGAGUUUCAAAAGACGUCGGAGGAAUUCCUCCAUCUUGUCGGUAGCAUCCACACAGAAUUGGCCAAGCACGCGCAUUUGGUCCAGGACUACCGCAGCUAUGGCCGCAGUACGUACGGCAUCGAAAAGGACGCUGAGCUGGCGCGGACGAACGUCAAGAUGAUCUUGGCGCAACUACGCAACUUGCGGCGGUACACGGACGAGCAUUAUGCAGAAUAAGGAAUCUGCAACUUAUCGUCGCGUUGCAUCUCCCACCAAACGGUGCUGUGAAUCGUCGUGGGAGGCGGUGACAACGUCUGCAGCGCAACCGUGACAAGCUUUCAAGCCGUUGCGAGAGGGCUGCGCCUCGUCUUUUGCUCUGUCCAUAGGUAAAACUGGUGGCGAUGCUAGUAGUUCGUUGGCCUUCGUCCUAUUGGAGUCCACAACCUUAGUAAGAAAAAGCGCGAGAACUUGGGUUGGCGGGGAUAAUGAAAGGGACGAUGGUGUUGGUGCUCCA